AUGGAAGACAAUAAUGAAAAUGAUGCUGGCACUAAGACUGGUGAUCCAGGUGCAAGUCGGCAUGGAAACUUUAUCAAUUAUUACAAGUUUCAUCCAGCGAACGAGCGUAUUUGUCAACUUCCGCAGGGGCUGUGGUUAUCUCCGGACGGGAAAUACAUCGGGCUUGAUGUCGGCUGCAAUGCCGGGGAACUUACGAUUCAACUGCGUAAAUUUCUUCAAGAUAAUCUUACUGUAAAUACAGAUAUAAGUCUACUGGGUAUUGACCUCGAUCCAAUUUUAAUAGAACGUGCACGUGAAAAUAAUACGUACCCACAAUCAAUAACUUUUGAAUGUCUUGAUUUUAUGUUAUCUCAAAAUAGGGAUGAUAUCAUUAAAACUUAUUUAAAAAAAUUUGAGAAAAAUAAAUUCAAUGUGAUAUUUUGUUUCUCUGUUACAAUGUGGAUUCAUUUAAAUCACGGCGAUGAGGGUCUUGUUAAAUUCUUAGAAGACAUUUGCUCUUAUACACAAAUGCUCGUUAUUGAACCGCAGACUUGGAAGUGUUACCGUAAUGCUUCGAGAAGAUUGAGACGUUCUAGGGAACAAGAUUUUACAUUAAUAAACUCAUUAAAAUUAACUGGCGAUAUGGACAAACAUAUUGUGGAUAUUUGUACAAAAAAAUGUAAUCUUCAGAGGAUUGCCAUGAGCGAAGACAAUACUUGGGGUAGAAAAAUUCUAAUCUUCAAGAGAAAUUAA